CGCGACGGUGGCUCUGUCUCCGUUCCCGCCCGGCCAUGGACCGCUACGUCCUGCUUCUGAGCUGGGGAGAGCGCAGGGGCGAGGGGGCUGCGACAGGCGGCCCCGGAGCAGGUGAGACCCUUGCUACUGUUUAUCAGUUCCUGAAAGAAAGCUGUAAUUCAUCUAUAAAUGCAGACGUGAGCGUGUUCCCAGCAUGUUCAGUGGCUGGUAUUCCAAGUGGAAAGAAAUUGUAUUUUGCAAGUCAUGUUAUAUGUGGUUAUUAUCAGUUCUGCAGUUCUGACUGGGAGGAAAUAAAUUCUGACACACAGAAAAAUGAAGACUCUCUCCAAACGAAUAUUGAUGAAUGCCUGGGAGCCAUACAAAAUUUUGAGGAAGAUGACACUAACAGUAGAGAGUCCCUAUCUAUGACUGAUAUAUAUGAUGAAGCUGCAGAAAACCUGCAUCAGUUAGCUGAUAAACUGCCUGCUCCAGGCAGAGCAAUGGUUGAUGUAAUACUGCAGGCUGUUGAACAAGAUGGACCCAAGUUAAAAGACUGCCUACCUACAAUUGGAGCCCUGAAGCACCUGAAGGAAUGGCAUUCUGCUCAAAUCACUGUUGCAGCAAAUGACUCUAAAGGUAGCUGGCGAAAGAUUGCAGACUAUCUUUCAGCAGACUUUGUCUCUUCAGAUAAUGCCAUGAAUCUUAUUGAUUUAAGAGAACUCUGGAGGGGGAAGAUUCAGAUAUGGGAAAGAAAGUUUGGAUCAGAAGUUAGAUUUCCAGAAUUUUGUAUGAAGAGCACUUUGACAAAGACAUUCAGCACUUCGCAUUUAAAUUCUUCCUUUGCUGCUAAAAAAAAGCAGCAAUCGAGGAACAUUCAUGCUCUGCCAGAGGUUUUUCAUUACUAUGGCCCUGCACUAGAAUUUUUACAGAUGGUGGUGCUCUCUGAUCUACCUUCCUUUUUUAUAUCAGAUCUGGAAUUUGAACUCCUGGCAAGAAAGAGUAACAAGGAGGCAUCCACGCUGCUUUUAGACCAGAUUUCUUCUCUCUCUGAGAAGGUGGGAGCUUUAUUUACAUUGCCCUGUAAUGUAAGCAGUGUAGCUAUCCCAUCCCCUGCCCAGCUGAGUACUAAGAAAUGGAAGGAAUAUAUGGCUAGGAAACCCAAGGUCAUUACUGUUCCAGAAAUUGAAAUGAAAGGAGAAUCUUGCCGAUACUAUUUCUUGCUACAAGGCAAUGGCUCUGGAGGCUGUAGGGCAACCUUGAUUCAUGGAGCCAGCCAGAUCAAUGGUACAGCCAGUCUUGCUGCAGUAAAUGGAAAGCUAAAGGCAAAAGCAGAAGAAAGAGAGUCAAGCUUUUGCAUUGCGGACUUUAUCAAGUCUCUGCCACGUUUUUGUGGAGAGGACGUUGUACACAGAGAAAAGGAACUGUCUCGUCUCCAAGUGUUUGCCUUGAAGGAAUAUCACAAGAGAAAGGAAUUGGCUGAACAGCCUCCCUGUAUUUCUACUGAUGAGUUCAAAAUGUUGUUACAACUUACAAGAGACUGUUUUUUUGAGUUGUGCAAUGCUAGUCUUCCUAAACCUGUUCUACAGAAGGUUACCAAUAAAACCAAGUCAUGCACUUUAAUCCACCAUAUAUUUCUUGCAGAAUCCAGUUUGAUGGAGCCAAAUCCACUGGAGUGGCCAGAAAGACAUGUUCUUCAGAAUCUGGAAAACUUUGAAAAAAACAAACAAAAAAUGAGAGUUUCUAUGUUUGCACAUUCCUCUGAGCAACUGUUGGGGCAUAAAGACAGCCAGCGGGAGUCACUGACACUGCUCGAUGCUAAAGAAUUACUGAAAUAUUUCACAGCAGAAGGGCUGCCAGUUGGUGAUCUUCAGCCACUACAAAUUCCCAAACGUGAGAAUGCAUUCCUUUUGACACCAGAGCUUACUCCUCGGAAACUCAGAGGUUUGCCUUUUGAGAAAGCAGCUGGAUGCCAUUAUCAUGGACUUGAAUACUGCCUAGAUAACAGGAGAGCCUUAGAGAGAGAUGUGGGAUAUGCUGAGCUUCAGACUCGUCUGAUUCGCUAUGAGACUCAGACUACGUGCACCAGGGAGUUCUGCCCUGUGCCGGCUGGCCUGAGCCCUCUCCCGUCUCCCGCGGUCCUGUCGGAGCCUGGAAGUGUCCCCGAUGGAGAGUCUCUACAAAGUGAAUUCAAAACAGAAGCAGCAAGGUUAAAGCGCAGAUCAAAAGACUUGGAUUGCUUUUAUCCCAAGAAAAGGCUAACCAAAUCUGAGAGUACAGAGUCCCUGCUCUCACAGGCGAGCGGCAGCAGUGGGAUGCACUGUGCAGUCACCAUGACGAGGCAGCACCCAGAGAGAUCCAUGUCUUUGGCUUCAAUGCCACUGAAACAGCCUGGGCAGCCCCACAAAGCCACCAGCAAGGCCACUGAGCCAGAGACCUCCAAGCCAGCUAAGGAAUCAAGAUCCCAGAAACACACAAGGAUGCUGAAGGAGGUGGUUGCUAAGACUCUCCAAAAACAUGGGAUUGCAGAGGAUCACAAGUGCUUUGCAUCCUGCAGCCAGCGUCUGUUUGAGAUAUCAAAGUUCUACUUAAAGGAUCUUAAGACUUCUAGAGGUCUUCUUGAUGAAAUGAAGAAAACAGCAAAUAACAAUGCUAAACAGGUGAUUGAAUGGGUUUUGGAGAAGACUGGCAAAUAGAAGCACUGCACAGAGGCUAUUCACACCUUCCUAGAUAAAGGAGACAGAGCACUUCUGAUUGUAAGACAACAUGGCACUGCCUAAGGCACACACAGAGAGCUGCACACUGGAGGGACUUUGGUCAGUGUGAUGG